AUGUGGCUGCAGCAGCGUCUGAAGGGGCUUCCGGGCGUGCUGUCGAGCAGCUGGGCGCGGCGGCUGCUGGGCCUGCUGGGCGUCCUGCUGGCGGCCUACUGGUGCCUGGGCCCGCGCCUGGCGGCCUGGCGGGGCGGGCGGGCGGCGGGCGGCGGCGCGGGGCUGUGCCUGGCGGCCGAGACCCGCGACUGGCCGGCCCUGGCCCAGCAGGGCCACGCCCGCCUGCUGCACCUGCCCGCCGCGCCCGGCGACGCCCACGAGGCCCCGCCCGCCCUGGUGGGCAACGGCCACCUGCUCCUGGACCUGGCCGGCAACCGGCUGUGGGUGGCCCCCGCCAACGCCGCCAACGCCGCGGGCAAGGGGCCCUCCCCGGCCUCCCCGGCCCACAGCACUGAGUACCCGGCCUUGGCGCAGCUGCGGGCACCGUCCUCCGCCGAGGCCGCGGCGGCCAUGCUGCGGGAGGGGGCCGUGCACCGGGUGCGCUGCGUCCCCACGGGGCCGGCGGGCUCCGAGGGGGCGGCCCGCGAGUGCGUGGCCAUCCGGGAGGAGGUGCUGGCCCACCGCGGGCGGCCGCACCUCUACCUGCAGCGCCUGGCCAUCGCCAACCCCACCGAGCGCCAGGUGGCCUUCGAGGUGGCCGGGCUGCCCUCGGCGUCCGCCCUGACCCACGGCGGCGGCGGCGCGUCCGGCGGCAAGUUCGUCACCAGCUUGGAGAAGGCCGGGGACCGGCAGUUCCUGCUCUCCUCGGGCCGCGUGCUCCAGCCGGACAGUGCCAAGGUGGUGCUGGUGGUGGUGGCCGCCAAGAAGCUGGUCGCCCGGGUGCAGGUGGCGCCCAAGUCCCAGUUCGAGGAGACCCUGGUGUCGGUGGUCCACACCUCGGAGCCCAUCGACGCCUCCCGGCUGGACGAGACCUUCAGCAAGCUCCGGGAGGCGGCCAGAAGGGAGAUGCUGGAGGUCCUGAGGAUGAAGGUGGAGGACCUCGUGCAGGAGCACCGGAAGGCCUGGGCCGACCUGUUCGUCUCAGGAGUAGAGAUGACGAAGAUCACUGACGCUCAUACUCCUUCCAGCAAGACAGUCAACAUGACGCUCUACUAUGUCCUGUCUACCACCCCAGCUCCCUUUCUUGAUCCUCUCAUUAGCAGCGAUGAGAAGGAGAAGAUGGAAGCCACGCUGAACUAUGCUGACCACUGCUUCAGCGGCCACGCCACGAUGCACGCCGAGAACCUGUGGCCGGCGCGCCUGCUGAGCGUGCCUCACGUCCUGCAGCUCUCAGAUCUGUGGAAGCUGACCCUGCAGAAGCGGGGGUGCAAGGGCCUGUUGGCAGCCGGAGCCCACGGCCUCAUGCAGGGGAUGGUGCUGAGCUUCGGCGGGCUGCAGUUCACGGAGAACCACUUGCAGUUUCAAGCUGACCCAGAUGUGCUCCACAACAGCUACUCCUUGCGAGGGAUCCAUUACAACAAGGACUUGAUCAACUUGGCCGUCAUGCUGGACGCGGAAGGGAAGCCCUUUCUGCAUGUCUCUGUGAAGUUCCAGGAGAAGCCGGUCCGGCUAUACGCCUGCGAAGGGGGCUGUUCGAACGAGCCGGUCGAGCUCACUUCAGAGCUGCGCGGCCACACCUUCCCCGUCAUGGUGACGCAGCCCAUCACGCCACUGCUCUACAUCUCGACAGACUUGGUCCAUCUGCAGGACCUGAGGCACACCCUGCACCUGAAAGCAAUCCUGGCGCACGAAGAGCACAUGGCGAAGCAGUACCCUGGCUUGCCCUUCCUCUUCUGGUUCAGCGUGGCCUCCCUCAUCACUCUCUUCCACUUGUUCCUCUUCAAACUCAUUUACAACGAGUACUGCGGGCCAGGGGCGAAGCCGCUCUUCCGAAGCAAGGUGUGAAGCCAGCCAUGCCUGGGUGU